AUGGCAGCCCCCUCUGGCCCCAUCAUCACUCCCCUCACCACCCUCCUCAACAUCAGACACCCCAUCCUCCUCGCCGGCAUGGCACGUACCUCCGGCGGGCCCCUCGCAGCAGCCGUCUCCAACGCCGGAGGGCUAGGCUGCAUCGGCGGCCUCGGCUACACGCCGCAACAGCUCCGCGAGAUCAUCCACGACCUCAAGUCUAACCUCUCGUCGCCCUCCCUCUCCUUCGGCGUCGACCUGGCCCUCCCCAAGGUGGGCGAGGGCGCGAGGAAGACGAAUCACGAUUACACCAAAGGCCAGCUCGAUGAGCUGAUCACGGUGACGAUCGAGGAGGGCGCGAAGCUGUUCAUAUCAGCCGUGGGUGUCCCGCCGCCGCAUGUGGUGAAGCGGCUACACGAGGCCGGAAUCCUCAUCAUGAACAUGGUGGGUGCGCCAAAGCACGCGACGAAGGCGCUGGAUGCCGGUGUGGAUAUCGUGUGUGCGCAGGGUGGCGAGGGAGGGGGCCACACGGGAGACAUCCCGACCUCUGUUCUGAUCCCGGCGGUGGUGGAUGUUGCGCGGAAGUACAGGCCAGAGCUGCUAGGAGGGCAGUCGGCCAUCGUUGUCGCUGCGGGGGGGAUUUACAAUGGGAGGAGCCUGGCGGCGAGUUUGAUGCAGGGCGCGGCGGGCGUCUGGGUGGGAACUCGAUUUGUGGCGAGCACGGAGGCCGGCUGCAGCCAGGCGCAUAAGAAUGAGGUCGUGAGUGCGCGCUUCGAGGAUACCAUUCGCACCCUGGUGGUCAGUGGGCGGCCGUUGCGGGCGAAGAGGAAUGAAUGGACCGAUAAGUGGGAGAAGGAUCCAGCGAGGAUCAAGGAGCUGACGGAGAGUGGAGUGGUGCCCCUGGAGUAUGACAUGGAGAAUGACAUUGACGUUGAUAUUCCGCAUUUGAUGGGCGUGGUCGCCGGUGUGAUUACAAGUAUUCAGCCUGCCGGCCAGAUUGUGGAUGAGAUGGUAUCCGAGGCGGUGGAUAUGCUGAAAAAAGGACAGACGUUCUUGGGCGGGCAGAGUAAGCUGUAG